UUUUGUUAAUUUUCAGCCAUCAAAUUAAGAAAAACAUACUUUUUAAUUUGAUCAUUAUCUGCAGUUCUACAACAUGGCCGCGCCCUUGACAAAGUUUUCGCAGAGAUGUCUAUUUUCAAUAAAUAAACAGGUAUAUAAUCCAGCACGUUUGAAAUACUGGGAGAGAGGUGAGGACAGUAUAUACGAGAAAGGUGAAUCUCCAUCUGACAGGUAUGUUGGAGUACCACAGAAGAAGAAACCUCAUCCAGAGACUCAGGUCAAGGGUCAGUUUGAAUUGAAUCCACCGAAAGGAAAGAUAUAUGACAAGAAACCAUUCCCUGCUCUACUUAAGGCUGGCAAAAAAUACUCCUGGUGUACUUGUGGACACAGUAAACAUCAGCCAUUCUGUGACGGAUCACAUAAGACGGUUUAUAAUGUAUUAAAAAGAGGCAGUGCGGAAGGAAAGGGUACUUUUCAGAAUAUUUUGCAUCAGCCAGUCCGAUUUGAAGUAGAGGAAGAUGGAGAGUACUGGUUAUGUAACUGUAAACAGACAAAUGGACGGCCAUUCUGUGAUGGUACUCACAAACAGCCUGAAAUACAGGCUAAGAUAAAGUCUUGAAAUAUCCAGUGUUGGGAUAUUUCUGGAGUAUAUUCAGUUAUGACUUUUAUGUUCAGUAAUUAUAUUCUGACGGAUACAAAGCAUGUUUUUUAUGAUGUUCUUUUGAUACACGUUGCCUAAAGGGAGAAAUGCUUCCAGAUGAUGUACUGCACAAACAACGACAAUGUUUUUAAACAUGGAGAUUGUCGCAGAAUUUAAGAAAGCCAAACAACUUGGCUCAGGAAGAAUCAGAUCUACAGAGUUUUGGUUGUGAGUUUAGUCCCCCAGCAAAGAAUAUAUUCUCUGUGGUAAUUUGAUUAAAUACAAUGUUAUAUCACCGUGUUACUGUGUGAACUGUUAUAAAGUAGACACGUGAUGAAAAUAAACAACAUUUUUUUCCAGUUGUCGAUUAUUCAUUGAAAGUUAUUGCUUAAGGUAGCAUGUUCAGAUCAGUUUUUUUCUACAUUGUAGAAUUUGAGUGUAUCACAGUUCUACAAGAAAAUUUGACCUGUCAGAGAGAUUGGGUCAUGUGCUUGUGUUUUUAGCUCACCUGUCACAUAGUGACAAGGUGAGCUUUUGUUACCACUUGAUGUCUGUUGUCCGUCAUCUGUCGUACGUCGUGUGUCAACAAUUUGUAAAAAAAUCUUCUUCUUCAGAACCACUGGGCAGAUUUACACCAAACUUCACAGCAAUGAUCCUUGGGUGGCCCCCUUUCAAAAUUGCCCAAAGAAUUUAAUUCCCUGCAGAACUCUGGUUGUCAUGGCAACUGAAAGGAAAAACUUUGAAAAUCUUCUUGUCAGAAACUGUUAGCCGGAUUUCAAAAAUAUUUUGUAGAAAUGAUCUCUAGGUGACCCUCUACCAAAAUUGCCUAAGCCAUUCUGUUUCGGUAAAAAACAUGGCUGCCGGGAGGGGAGGGGGGGGGGGGCUUAUUUUCCAUAUAUGGCUAUAUUGUAAAUUUUCUUCAAAACCACAAGGCAGAUUUACACUAAACUUCACAGAAAUGAUCCUUGGGUGCCCCCUAUCAAAAUUGCUCAAAGAAUUGAAAUCCAUGCAGAAUUCUGGUUGCCAUGGCAACAGAAAGGAAAAACUUUAAAAAUCUUCUUGUCCAAAACCACGUAGCUAAGGCUUUGAUAUUUGGUAUGUGGCAUCAUCGAAUGGUCCUCUAACAAGUUAGUUCAAAUUAUACCCCUAGGGUCAAAUAUGGCCCCGCCCUGGGGGUCAUAUGGUUUACAUAGACUUAUAUAGGAAAAACUUUGAAAAUCUUCUUGUCCAAAACCACAGGGCCUAGGGCUUUGAUAUUUUUUAUGUAACAUCAUCUGGUGGUCCCCUACUGAGAUUGUUCAAAUUAUCCCCCUAGGAUUAAAUAUGGCCCGCCUCGGGGUCAAAUUCAUGAUUUAUAUAGACUUACAUAUGGAAAAACUUUGAAAAUCUUCUUAUCCAAAACCAAAGGGCCUAGGGCUUUGAUAUUUGGUAUGUAGCAUCAUCAAAUAGUCCUCUACCAAGUUUGUUCAAAGUAUCCCCCGAGGGUCAAAUAUGGCCCCCUCCCCAGGGGUCACAUGGUUUAUAUAGACUUAUAUAGGGAAAAACUUUGAAAAUCUUCUUGUCCAAAACGGCAGGGUCUAGGGCUUUGAUAUUUGGUAUGUAGCAUCAUCUAUUGGUCCUUAACCAAGUUUGUUCAAUUUAUCCCCCUACGGUCAAAUAUUGCCCCGCCCAGGCCGGGUCACAUGGUUUAAAUAGACUUGUAUAGGAAAAAACUUUAAAAAUCUUCUUGUCUGAAACCACAAGACCCAGGCCUUUGAUGUUUUGUAUGUAGCAUUGCCUUAUGGUUCCUUUACCAAGAUUGUUCAAAUUAUUGCCCUGGGGUGAAAAGACGCCCUUCCCUCGGGGUCAAUAGUUUUACAUUAUUAUGUCUAUUGUUUUUGCCCUGUCCGUCCGUCCGUCCGUACGUCACACUUCAUUUCCGAUUAAUAACUAGAGAACCAUUUGAUCUAGAACCUUCAUAGGGUUGUAGGGCUGCUGGAGUAGACGACCCCUAUUGUUUUUGGGGUCACUCCGUCAAAGGUCAAGAUCACAGGGGCCUGAACAUUGAAAACCAUUUCCGAUCAAUAACUAGAGAACCACUUGACCCAGAAUGUUGAAACUUCAUAGGAUGAUUGGUCAUGUACAGUAGACGACCCCUAUUGUUUUUGGGGUCACUCCGUCAAAGUUCAAGGUCACAGGGGCCUGAACAUUGAAAACCAUUUCCGAUCAAUAACUUGAGUACCACUUGACCCAGAAUGUUGAAAGUUCAUAGGAUGAUUGGUCAUGUAUAGUAGACAACCCCUAUUGUUUUUGGGGUCACUCCGUCAAAGGUCAAGGUCACAGGGGCCUGAACAUUGAAAACCAUUUCCGAUCAAUAACUAGAGAACCACUUGACCCAGAAUGUUGAAACUUCAUAGGAUGAUUGUACAUGGGAAGUAGAUGACCCCUAUUGAUUUUGGGGUCACUCUGUUAAAGGUCAAGGUCACAGGGGCCUGAACAUGGAAAACCGUUUCCGACCAGUAAUUUGAGAACCUCUCGACCCAGAAUGUUGAAACUUCAUAGGAUGAUUGUUCAUGCAGAGUAAAUGACCCUUAUUGAUUUUGGGGUCACUCUGUUAAAGGUCAAGGUCACAGGGGCCUGAACAUGGAAAACCGUUUCCGACCAGUAAUUUGAGAACCUCUCGACCCAGAAUGUUGAAACUUCAUAGGAUGAUUGUUCAUGCAGAGUAAAUGACCCCUAUUGUUUUUGGGGUCACUCCGUUAAAGGUCAAGGUCACAGGGGCCUGAACAUGGAAAACUGUUUCCGAUCAAUAACUUGAGAACCUCUUGACCCAGAAUGUUGAAACCUCAUAGGAUGACUGUUCAUGCAGAGUAAAUGACCCCUAUUGUUUUUUGGGGUCACUCCAUUAAAGGUCAAGGUCACAGGGGCCUGAACAUGGAUAACUAUUUCCGAUCAAUAACUUGAGAACCUCUUGAUCCAUAAUGUUGAAACUUCAUCUAUAUGGAUGAUUGGACAGGCAGAGUAGAUGACCCCUGUCAAUUUUGGGGUCACUCUGUUAAAGGUCAAGGUCACAGGAGCCUGAACAUGGAAAACAGUUUACGAUCAAUAGCUUGAGAACCACUUGACCCAGAAUGUUGAAAGUUCAUAGGAUGAUUGAACAUGCAGAGUAGAUGACCCCUGUUGAUUUUUGGGUCAGUCUGUUAAAGGGGCCUGGUCAUGUAAAAUCAUUUCCGGAAAAUAACUUAAGAACCACUUGACCUAGAAUGUUGAAACUUAAUAGGAUGGUUGGACAUGCAGAGUAGAGGACCCCUAUUUUUUUUGGGGUCACUUGAUCAAAGGUCAAGGUCACAGGAGCCUGAACAGUGACUUUAGAACUACUAAGCCAAGAGUGUUGAAACUUAGUGGGAUGACUGGACCAUCAGUGUCUCUUUGACUUUCGCUCCUGACCCCUAUUGACUUCUUGCCUAUAGGACUUUGCAUUGGGGGAGACAUGCACUUUUUUACAAAAAGCAAUUUCUAGUAUUUAUAUACGAAAAACUUUAAAAAUCUUCUUAUUUGAAAGUGGAAGGCCUAGGCUUUUGAUAUUUGGUAUGUUGCAUUGCCUAGUGGUCCUCUAUACCAAGAUUAUUCAAAUUAUGCCCCUUAGUGUUGAAAAGAGGCCCCACCCAGGGUGUCCCAAGUUUUACAUAGACUUGUAUAGGAAAAAAAAUUAAAAAACCUAGGCCGAAGUCCCUUGAUAUUUUUUAUGUAUCAUUGCUUAGUUGAUUUCUAACAAGAUUGUUUGAAUUAUGCCCCUGGGGUGAAAAGAGGCCCUGCCCCGAACUUUCUUGUUUUCUAAGAUACAGCCUUGAAAUUUGGGAGACAUGUACAGUUUUGCACACUGAUCUUAAAACUGACUUUCAGUGACCAUGAAUGUGACCUACUGACCUACUUUCUUAAUAUUUUAGCAUCAGUUUGACAUUUGAUACAUGUAGGUCAUAUUACUCAAUUGAAUGAUUUAGGGUCAUAAUGACUCUCUUGUUUUUUUUUGGUAGACAGAUUUUCAGUCAAGUUUUUAGAAAAGAAAAUAACAAUGUCAAUGAUAUUUCUGCACAUGGAAAUCAAUCUAUGUAGAUUUUGAUAAAACUUCUGACAGUUGUCAAUUUACAUCUCAUUAUGACCGCCUUCGAAGAAGGAGGUGUAUAUUUUUUUUUGCUGAUGUCGGUCUGUCAGUCAGUCAGUCCGUAGGCCAAUCAGUUUCUGGAUGAUAACUCAAGAACGCUUGGGCCUAGGACCAUGAAAGUUGAUCAUGACCAGCAGAUGACCCGUAUUGAUCUUGAGGUCACAGGUCAAGGUCACAGUGACCUGGAAUAAUUAAACCAUUUUCGGAAAAUAACUUGGGAACACUUGAACACAAACAUAAUAGGGAGAUUGAUCAUGACCAGCAGAUGACCCCUAUUGAUUUUGAGAUCAGUAAGUCAAAGGUCAAGGUGACAUUGACCCGGAAUAUUAGAACAUUUUUUGCCAAAUAACUAGAGAAUGCUUUGGUCUAAGAUCACAUUUGAUAUGGAGGUCACUUAUGACUGGCAAAUGAACCAUAAUUAUUGAUUUGAGGUCAGUACGUCAAACAUCCAGUGCACAGUGACCAAAUAAUUCUUUUCCUUGUGCAGAUACUGAAUGCAUCAAGAGGCGGGGGGGAUGGGGGGGGGGGGAGCAUUUUUUGUUCUACUACAAGCUCUUGUUUUUCUUUUGGUUUAAUGAAAAUUUGUAUGUCAAUGUGCUUGAUUUUGAGAUAAUUGCCCAUGCUUAAACUGAUCUCCAAAUUUUAAGCUGACAUUUUCACCAAUGUUGUAUUAACUUUAUGUGUCAGCACAUUUGUUCAUAUUUUAAUCUUUAGAAAGAUAAGAUGCACUGCUGGUUUGAUCAGUUAACUCAAGUUUUGCCAUUUAUUUUAGAUUUAUUUUUUAUUGUCUGAAUGCCCACUAUGUUUAUUGAUUAAAUAAUCUUAUUCUAUCCCUUCUGGCUUAAUAAAAACAUGCGUAACUACAUGAAUAUGCUUUGAAUAAUACCAUAAAAAGAUGAACAUGAAAAAAAUAAAAGUUUUGCGUUCUUGAA